CGAUGUCGGUAGCUGAGGUGAGAUUGAUUGACGAUAAGGGAAGUUGAGUGUUGACGAUUGAGAUAAUAAACAGAGUUGGGAAGAGAGGGAAUUGUGGUCGCGAGGAAAGGAGUUCAGCCAUGUCUCUAGAUCAUGAAAUCCUGGGUCGGUUGCGGGGUAGCGAAUCCAAGGACGGGAAGACAAUCCAAUAUCGAGGUAUCAAGUACGCCGAUAUACCCGGACGAUGGAAAGAGCCUGUGAUGUUGAGUCAACGACUCAAUCCUCAAGGGUCAGAGUACGAUGCAACCAAGUAUGGACCAUCUUGUCCUCAGCACCCAGGAGGAUUUGCUUUUGAUCUGAGCUUGGUGGGAAAUGUGACUUUGGCAUUGGAGUCAAAUGAGCAAUCUGAGUUUGAAUGUUUGAAUUUGGUUGUGACGGUUCCCGCCGGAACGAAGAAAGGGGACAAGCUGCCCGUUUUUGUUUGGGUUCAUGGAGGUGGUCUUUUCUAUGGAGCUAAUUCAUGGCCUCAAUACGACACUGCACCUUUUGUUAGAACUUCAGUCAAUGCGGGGAAGCCAGUCAUUAGUGUCUCCAUAAACUACCGUUUCGGAAUCUUCGGAUUUCUGGCUUCAGAUGAGCUUAAAAUACCUGGUAACAUUGGUCUGAGAGAUAUUGCGUGUGCUUUUAAAUGGAUCAAGAAUCACAUUGCAGGAUUUGGAGGUGAUCCGAAUCGUUUGACAGCUGCAGGCGAGUCAGCUGGAGCAAUAUUGAUUUCUUAUCUGUUGGUUGCCGACGAAAAAGACCUUUUUCAACAAGCAAUUUUGAUGUCUGGAGACUCUAGUCUACGUAGACCUCGGGAUAUGCGAUGGCAAAAUUCUCAAUAUGAACAUAACGUCCAUUUCUUAGGGCUCGGUCGUGCCUCCCUAGAUAAUCGAAAGAAAGUAUUUUUUGGGAUGAGUGCUGAAGAGCUGAUCAAAAAUUUGCCAAUGGCUCAGCAUUGGAUUGCGACUGUUGACGGAAAUUACAUUAAAGAAGAUAUCACUCUGGGUGCUCUGGCUGAUCCUUCAAAUGCUAUGGGGAAACCGGGUUGGUGCAAGCAAAUUGUGGUGGGUGAUACUGCUGACGAUGGCACUAUACUGAAGGGUCGUAUCAUGGAUAAUCCGCAGAUCAUGGCAAGACUCAAGAAUGCUUUGGCCGAAAUUUUCACCCCAGCAGAAAGCAAGCGAUUGCUAGAAGCAUACUCGCUCACCGGAAUCCUCAAUCCAGACCAACAAUUCAAAGGUCUGCUGAAUCUUGGUUCUGAUCUGAGAUUUUAUUUCCCAACUCUCCAGGAAGAGAAAGGUUGGAGAGAGAAACCAAGGGGAAAGCUAUAUAGGUUUCAUUUUCAUCAAAAAAAUCCGUUAGAAGGUACUUUCAAAGGCCUAGCAUCUCACGAGCUGGAUGUUACAUAUCUGCUUCAAAACCUUCCACACGAAUUUUUCGGAGAGGAUCAGAGACUGGGAAGAGAAAUGGCGGAAGCAUGGAUUAAGUUUACUUAUAGCGAUGGGUGGGGAAAUGAAGUUAUGGUCAUUGGACCUAAUGAGAAGAUCAGUUUUGAGAGCCCAGAGGCAUAUGAUGAGAAGUAUCGAAAGGGGAGGGGGAAGUUGCUGAGGGAGAUUGGAGGCAAUUGCGGGGAGAAAGUUUUGAAAUUGGGGGAGAUGUUGCAAGGAGUGUUUGGGGAGAGGAUGCAAGAAGUCUUUGGACAGCGGAAACUUUAGGAAGAGGAAUGAAUAUAUACUUAGUAGC